AAAAAACAAAACCAACACUUAAUAACUGAAAUGGAUCUGCGAGAUCUAACUGAAUGGAAUUGAGAGAAAAAAAAAAAUUUGCUACGCUGCUGCAUCACUCUCCCUGCAAAUGCAACAGAUCUCCCUCAGUCUCUCAAACCCUAAUAACCUCUCCAUCAAAUUCCAUAUAUCACUACUAGAUUGAUAUCUAAACCAACGCAUCAAGACCGAAUCAAAGAUGUAUAUGGCAUAUGGAUGGCCGCAGGUUAUACCUCUAGAACAAGGACUCUGUCCUUCUUCACAGAAGCAUAUCAUUUAUUUCAAAGUCAUCAAUCGUCUCUUCCUCGUUGUCUCUCCUUCUCACCUUGAGCUCUGGAGCUCCUCUCAGCAUAAAGUGAGGUUAGGCAAGUACAAGAGGAAUGCAGAGUCGUUGGAGAGAGAAGGCGAGAAUUUACUAGCGGUGUGGAGACCUGAUACCAAAUUGAUCGCCAUUCUUACAUCAUCUUUCUUUCUACAUAUAUUCAAGGUUCAGUACUCUGAUAAAAGAAUACAAAUAGGAGGGAAGCAACCUUCUGGUUUGUUUCUUGCUAAUGUAUCUCUUCUUCUUAGUGAGCAAGUGCCUUUUGCAGAUAAGGACUUGACAGUGAGCAAUUUUGUAAGUGAUAACAAACAUUUGCUACUAGGACUUUCCGAUGGAUCUUUAUACAGUAUCUCCUGGAAGGGGGAGUUCUAUGGAGCUUUCGAACUUGAUCCCUGUUCACGUGACAGCAGCGAUGCCUCUGUUUCACCUCAUUCUUUAGGUAACGGUGUUGCUUCUGGAAGGGCUCCAACAGAUUCGGAAUCUAAUCAUAAUAUCACCAGGAAGACCGCUAUUGUGCAGCUGGAGCUUUGCUUGCUGACGAGGUUGCUGUUUGUCUUGUAUUCUGAUGGACAACUAGUAUCAUGCUCUAUAAGCAAGAAAGGUUUAAAGCAAGUUGAAUAUAUCAAAGCUGAAAAAAAGUUGGGUUCUGGUGACGCUGUAUGCAUUUCAGUAGCUUCAGAUCAACAAAUCCUUGCUGUUGGUACCAGAAGAGGGGUUGUUAAGUUAUAUGACCUAGCAGAAUCUGCAUCUCUCAUUCGUACUGUGUCUUUGUGUGACUGGGGCUAUUCAGUGGAUGAUACUGGUCCUGUCAGUUGUAUCGCAUGGACACCUGAUUAUUCUGCUUUUGCUGUUGGGUGGAAGCUAAGAGGUCUUACAGUCUGGUCUGUAUCUGGCUGUCGUUUGAUGUCAACAAUUCGUCAAAUUGGUUUAAGUUCUGUAUCUUCUCCAAAGGUUAAGCCAAACCAAGAUCGUAAAUAUGAACCAUUGAUGAAUGGCACCUCAUUGAUGCAGUGGGAUGAAUAUGGUUACAGGCUUUAUGUGAUUGAAGAAGGAUCUCUGGAAAGAGUUAUUGCAUUUUCAUUUGGAAAAUGCUGCCUUUCCAGAGGAGUUUCAGGAAUGACAUAUGUUUGUCAAGUUAUUUAUGGCGAAGAUCGGUUGCUUGUUGUUCAGUCCGAAGAUACUGAUGAACUCAAAUUUUUACAUCUAAACCUUCCAGUUUCCUAUAUCUCCCAAAACUGGCCAGUUCAACAUGUUGCAGCUAGCAAGGAUGGAAUGCACUUAGCUGUUGCUGGCCUCCAUGGAUUGAUCUUAUAUGAUAUACGGUUGAAAAAGUGGCGAGUGUUUGGAGAUAUUACUCAGGAACAAAAGAUUCAGUGCAAAGGGUUGUUAUGGCUGGGGAAGAUUGUUGUUGUUUGCAACUACAUUGAUUCUUCUAACACGUAUGAAUUACUUUUUUAUCCAAGAUACCAUCUUGACCAGAGCUCCUUGCUUUGUCGAAAGCCAUUGCUUGCUAAACCAAUGGUGAUGGAUGUCUAUCAAGACCAUAUACUUGUCACCUAUCGCCCAUUUGAUGUCCACAUAUUCCAUGUGAGACUGUUAGGUGAACUGACUCCUUCUAGCACUCCAGAUUUGCAGCUUUCUACAGUACGAGAACUUUCUAUCAUGACUGCAAAGAGCCAUCCCGCAGCUAUGCGUUUCAUCCCUGAACAGCUUCAAAGAGAGUUGGCCUCAAACAAUCAUAUUUCAUCUUCAGAUUUGAUGGACAGAGAGCCUGCAAGAUGUUUGAUAUUGAGAACAAAUGGGGAACUUUCGCUUUUGGAUUUGGAUGAUGGACGUGAGAGAGAGCUCACCGACUCUGUUGAAUUAUUUUGGGUUACAUGUGGUCAAUCAGAGGAGAAGACAAGUCUAAUUGAGGAAGUCUCUUGGCUGGAUUAUGGCCAUCGAGGCAUGCAAGUUUGGUAUCCAUCUGCAGGUGCUGAUCCUUUUAUGCAGGAAGACUUUUCGCAGUUGGAUCCAGAGCUGGAAUUUGAUCGUGAAGCGUAUCCUUUAGGGCUUCUUCCAAAUGCCGGGGUUGUUGUUUGUGUCUCCCAGAGAAUGUCCUUUUCAGCUUGCACUGAAUUUCCAUGUUUUGAGCCAUCUUCUCAAGCUCAAACUAUAUUGCAUUGCUUACUCAGACACCUUCUUCAGAGGGACAAAAAAGAGGAGGCUUUACGGUUAGCACAAUUAUCUGCAGAAAAGCCUCACUUUUCCCAUUGCCUGGAGUGGCUUCUUUUUACUGUAUUUGAUGCAGAGAUUUCAAGGCAAAAUGCAAACAAGAACCAGAUAUCAGUCCCUCUACAUGCUGGCAACCGCUCUCUUUUGGAGAAGACUUGUGAUUUGAUCAGAAAUUUCUCCGAGUAUUUUGAUGUAGUUGUGAGUGUUGCAAGAAAAACUGAUGGUCGACACUGGGCAGAUUUAUUUUCUGCUGCUGGAAGAUCAACAGAGUUGUUUGAAGAAUGCUUCCAACAGAGAUGGUACCGCACUGCAGCUUGCUAUAUACUUGUGAUUGCGAAACUUGAAGGUCCCGCAGUCAGCCAAUACUGUGCUUUACGGUUAUUGCAGGCAACACUCGAUGAAUCUUUAUAUGAGCUUGCUGGAGAACUGGUGCGCUUCCUGCUCAGGUCUGGAAAGGAAUAUGACCAGACACCACCUGAUUCAGAUAGACUAUCUCCCAGAUUUUUGGGUUAUUUUCUUUUCCGUUCCAGUUACAAGAAGCCAUCAUUGGACAAGAGUACUUCCUUCAAAGAGCAAAGUGCUCAUGUUGCUUCUGUGAAGAACAUUUUAGAAAGCCAUGCUAGUUAUUUGAUGUCAGGGAAAGAGCUUUCGAAGCUUGUGGCUUUUGUAAAAGGCACCCAGUUUGAUUUAGUGGAAUACCUUCAACGAGAAAGAUACGGUAGUGCUCGCUUAGAGAAUUUUGCAUCAGGACUGGAACUAAUUGGGCAGAAGCUUCAAAUGGGUACAUUGCAAAGCCGGUUGGAUGCGGAGUUUCUAUUGGCUCAUAUGUGUUCCGUCAAGUUCAAGGAAUGGAUAGUUGUUCUUGCCACACUCCUAAGACGGACUGAGGUUCUUUUUGAUCUUUUCCAGCGUGAUAUGAGGUUGUGGAAAGCAUAUAGCGUCACCCUUCAGUCGCACCCUGCAUUUUCCGAAUACCAUGAUCUGCUUGAAGGCUUAGAAGAGAGACUUUCAUCUGUCGCAGACUCGCAAGAGAAAUGAGGACGGGUGUGGGUCUCUAACCAGGUGUCUCAUAAAAAAAAGAAGCAUGGCUGAUAGGUUAUUGAGCCUCACUUUCCAGUCAUACCAUGUUGCAGUAGAUGAGCACUUGUAUAGUUAUUUGACCAAGAGAUGAGAAUAUGUGCACAUGAUGUUAAGGAUGGCCGUUUCAUCGUAUUAUUGAUCACGCAUCUCGUUGAAAUCACAAAAUCUUUAUUGUAGAUAUGAGAGGUUAGAACUACUAAGGGAGUUAGUUCCUCUUCAUUUUUUCACCUGUGUAUAAUCAUUUUUACUGCUGUAUAACAUCUAAAUAAAAUGAAUGCUUUUCCCGCUGCAUUUGGUUA